UCCGAAGAGACUUAUUCGAAACAACUUAUCAUCAAGAAACUGAAAUACCGAGGCUCGAAAGGGAGAUGAUUUCCCGCUCUUCUCUUCCGACCAUGUGAAUUCUCCUUCCAUCGAUUUCCCCGGCUGGAACGCAAUUGAUGGCCUGCGAACGGUUUCUCACUCUUUCUUCCCCAUUUUCCAGUGCCAGGCUCGGGACCCUUAAGCCACGAACAUGGCGUCGUCCACAUCCCUCAAUAUCAUCUCAAAUUUCAACACCGUCCGAUUCUCCAACCGACGAACACAACGAUUCUAAGAAGAAGAACAAGCUGAAUUUCCUGCAAAUCUCCGUAACUCUGUCUAUACUUUCAACCUCUCUUCCUAUGUCCAGCGCCCUCGCUGCCGCCGCUUCCAAAGAAGUGAAGGAACGAAGACGUGGACCCAAGAGAUCUUCCGCCAAAAAAGCUGAAUCUCUUUCGCCUCAGGAGCUGCUUUCCUGGUCCCAGGGACUUCCAGCUAUCUCAAACCGGAUUCCCUAUACCGAACUUCUCGAUUUGAAAAGGGAGGGAAAAGUUAAACAUGUGAUUAAAAAUCCUAAUGGGUUUUUGAGACUGAGGUCGGAAUUAGUAAUGGUGAUUUUGGAGGAUUCCAGAGUGUUGAGGACGGUGUUGCCGUCUGUGGAGAGUAAUCGAAGGUUUUGGGUGCUUUGGAAUGAGUUGGGGAUCGAUUCUGUUUGUGUUAAUGCAUAUACACCUCCUAUAAAGCCUCCUGAAUUGCCGACACCGUAUUUAGGGUUCUUGGCCAGAGUACCGUUUUUUAUGUUUUAUUUUGGUCAACCUAAGAAGGAGUCCAAGAGAGUUGCACAGCUUAGGCGUCUGAGGGAUGAGGUAAAGAUGGAAACUACUACUGAAUUGACGAAAAUGAGGCAGGAAAAUGAGAAGAUUGAAAAGGCUAUGAAGAUGCAGAAGAAACAGGAGGAGAGGAGGAUUAAGAGAGAGACAAGGAGGAAGAAGCAGGUGGAAUCAUUACGUGAGGCUAGAAAAAUUAGCGAAAAUAUGGGAAUGAUAUGGGAAGAAUUAGCCAAUAGUCCAAAUGUGGCAUUUGCCCUUGGUUUGGUAUUUUUUGUUAUUUUUUACAGGACCGUGGUGUUAAGUUAUAGGAGACAGAAGAAGGAUUAUGAGGAUCGAUUAAAGAUUGAGGAGGCUGAAGCAGAGGAGAGGAAGAAAAUGCUGGAGUUAGAGACGGAUCUGGAAGUUACAGAAGGUGAGGAUGAUGAUAUUGAGCAAGGAAAAGGUGAACAAAAUCCUUAUUUGAAGAUGGCUACGCAAUUUAUGAAGUCUGGUGCUCGAGUUCGUCGGGCUCAUGGCAAGAGGCUGCCUCAGUAUCUGGAGAAAGGGGUGAAUGUGAAGUUUGAGGAUGUCGCUGGGCUUGGGAAAAUAAGGCUCGAGCUGGAGGAAAUUGUGAAGUUUUUCACACAAGGAGAGAUGUACAGGAGAAGGGGUGUAAAGAUACCAGGUGGAAUACUGCUUAGCGGUCCUCCUGGAGUGGGGAAAACUUUACUAGCAAAAGCAGUUGCCGGUGAGGCAGGUGUUAACUUUUUCUCCAUAUCUGCUUCUCAAUUUGUGGAAAUAUAUGUCGGAGUUGGUGCAUCACGUGUUCGAGCUCUGUAUCAAGAAGCAAAGGAAAAUGCUCCAUCAGUUGUUUUCAUUGAUGAACUAGAUGCUGUUGGAAGGGAACGUGGUUUGAUAAAAGGUUCUGGAGGGCAAGAACGUGAUGCUACUCUUAAUCAGCUUCUUGUCUGCUUGGAUGGAUUUGAAGGCAGGGGUGAAGUGAUCACUAUUGCUUCAACUAAUAGAUCAGACAUCCUUGAUCCAGCACUUGUGAGGCCUGGACGAUUUGAUCGAAAAAUUUAUAUUCCUAAGCCUGGACUUAUUGGUCGCAUGGAGAUUCUCAAAGUUCAUGCGCGAAAGAAACCUAUGGCUGAAGAUGUUGAUUACAUGGCUGUAGCCAGUAUGACAGAUGGAAUGGUUGGUGCAGAACUAGCGAACAUAGUUGAGGUUGCUGCUUUAAAUAUGAUCCGUGAAGGCAGAACUGAGAUUACGACCGAUGACUUAUUGCAAGCUGCUCAAAUAGAAGAAAGGGGACUGCUAGAUAGGAAGGAAAGAAGCCCAGACACAUGGAAGCAAGUGGCCAUUAAUGAAGCAGCAAUGGCUGUUGUGGCCGUGAACUUUCCUGAUCUUGAAAAUAUUGAAUUUGUCACUAUUGCACCUAGAUCUGGUAGGGAAUUGGGUUAUGUUCGGAUGAAAAUGAAUGCCAUGAAGUACAAUGAAGGAAUGCUUACCCGCCAGUCCCUCUUGGAUCAUAUAACUGUUCAACUAGCACCACGUGCUGCAGAUGAACUCUGGCAUGGGGAAGACCAGUUGAGUACAAUCUGGGCUGAAACAGCAGACAAUGCUAGAUCAGCUGCUAGAACCUUUGUUCUUGGAGGCCUCUCCGAGAAACAUCAUGGAGUAUCAAACUUCUGGGUUGCAGAUCGAAUCAAUGAUAUUGAUUUGGAAGCUUUGCGGAUUUUGAGCGUUUGUUAUGAGCGUGCAAAAGAGAUUUUGCAACAAAACAGAAAGCUUAUGGAUGCGGUGGUUGAUGGUCUUAUUCAAAAGAAAAGUUUAUCAAAACAGGAAUUCCUCCGUCUUGUCAAGUUGCACGGCUCGAUUAAACCUAUGUCUCCAAGCAUCAUUGACCUUCGAAUUGCCAAGCGGGCCAAGUUUGAUGAAGAGAUGAAGAAAAACCAAAAGAAAAUACCCGUAGGCAGUAACAGCUCAUAAACGUGGAUUCCAAAAUCUAAUGCUAUCACUAUGCCCUAAAGUUUUGAGAUCAUGGUUUCACAAAUUUCUAGCAGUGACUGUGAUAGCAAAAGUCAUUGCCCGAGUUGGAGAAGGAACAUAUAUAUUCCUACUGGGGACCGGUUCUUCCUGGUCGAUCGGUUGGACUGCAGAAAGAUGAGUAUUUAAUAGUUCCAUUUCAAUUUUAUCCCGUCGAAAUAUGUAGGUUUUGGAGGCAGCAAUGUUAACAUUUUUUUUACCAUUUAUGUAUCGUUGUAACUAUUCCUAAGUUCAGGUAUUAUUUUUAGAUCUUACUCCUACGGUUAAUGUUAAUUCAUAAUAAGUUGAGUUUCUCACGUGACAUUUUUGGUGGCUAAAUUAAAGAUCCUGUUUCCAUGCCUU